AGGAGUAACCCAUUUUGGAAACGCCAUUUGCAAGGCUUCUCAGAAGGAGUAACCCACGGUUAUGAGCUCGUGGGUCACCGACGUCGGAUAUGGAAACUGGAGUAAACGGCAUUCCAUUUAUGGACUCGGUCUUAACACGUGGCAUCUUCUCAGGCAGGCGCUACGGAAACUCGGUGCAACUCGGGCUGAAAACCCACACCAAUUUCCCUCGCCUUUUCGGACACGAUGCCUAAUGUUGUAAUGUAAAAAUGCCAUCGUCAUAUUUUCUUCCUCAAAAUCCGUUAACUUCACUCCCAUACUCAUAUUAUUGUUUAUACGUUGGAGAGUUUAAUUCUGCACAUUCUCCUCCUCCGAUUCCGCCUCCCAAUUGCUUCGAUUGUAGAGAAAGUGCCGAAGCUCCCGAGAGAUAGAGAGAGGGAGCUGGAGAAGUGGAGAAGAUCUGAGAUCUGGGACUCUGGAAUUCAGCCAGAAUGAGAUCUGAUUCGCUUGUGAACGGCGAUUCAUUUCGAGCUCCUCCAUUAUUCAAGAUCGCUACUCUUGUUUUUGUUUCUGUUACCUUCUUUUACUUUGGGAAGCACUGGUCCGAUGGGUACCAGCAGCUUAUAUUCUUCCAAAGCACCAGUCAAGCUCCUACGGUUUCACUUUCACCCAACUACAACAAGCACUUCAAUAGCUCUACUCUGAUUCCACAGAAUGACACGCAGACGCUUCCUGAUAAGACAUUGAAUCUCGACCCAACUCCAUCGCCGUUGCUCGCUCCGAAUCCCCCUCCGCCCUCCGAUUCGGUGCAGAGAUUUGGAAUUGUGGAUGAGAAUGGAACAAUGUCGGAUCAAUUUGAGGUCGGGGAUUUGGAUCCCGAAUACGUGGAGAACAGGGGGAAUUCCACGGAGGUUGACAAUGGCAAGGGCGGUUCUCGGAGCUUCCGGAUUAAGAAGUUUGCCCUCUGCCCUCAGAACAUGAGUGAGUAUAUACCCUGCUUGGACAAUGUGGACGCAAUUUCAAAGCUCGAGUCAGUGGAGAAAGGGGAAAAGUUCGAGAGGCAUUGCCCAGUCGCCGGUGGAGGAUUCAAUUGCUUGAUCCCGCCGCCGAAGGGGUACCAGACACCAAUCCCUUGGCCAAGAAGCAGAGACCAGGUCUGGUUCAGCAAUGUUCCUCAUACUCGUCUGGUUGAGGAUAAAGGGGGCCAAAACUGGAUUACCAGAGACAAAGAUAAGUUUAAAUUUCCUGGAGGUGGGACACAGUUUAUACAUGGUGCAGACGAAUAUUUGGAUCAUAUUUCUAAGAUGAUCCCUGAUAUUGCAUUUGGUCACCAUACUCGCGUUGUCUUGGAUAUUGGAUGUGGUGUUGCAAGUUUUGGCGCCUAUUUGCUGUCUCGGAAUGUCAUUACCAUGUCCAUUGCUCCAAAAGAUGUUCACGAGAAUCAGAUUCAGUUUGCUCUUGAACGUGGUGUACCUGCAAUGGUUGCUGCAUUUGCUACUCAUCGCUUAUUGUAUCCCAGUCAAGCUUUUGACUUGAUACAUUGUUCGCGAUGCAGAAUCAACUGGACCCGUGAUGAUGGCAUUUUGCUGCUUGAGCUUAACCGAAUGCUCAGGGCCGGUGGAUACUUUGCGUGGGCAGCACAACCUGUUUAUAAGCAUGAAGAAGUUUUGGAGGAACAGUGGGAAGAGAUGCUCAAUUUGACCACCCGACUAUGUUGGGAGUUCGUGAAAAAAGAUGGAUAUAUUGCAAUUUGGCAGAAGCCAUUAAAUAAUAGUUGUUAUCUAAAUCGUCAGGCAGAAACUAAACCUCCACUUUGUGACCAAGAUGACGACCCAGACAGAGUAUGGAAUGUAGAUCUUAAGACAUGCAUCUCCCGUCUUCCAGAAGAUGGUUAUGGGGCAACUGUCACUGUUUGGCCUGAACGGUUGUAUACACCACCUGGUAGGCUUCAGACAAUUCAAUACGAUGCGUACAUUUCCCGAAAUGAGCUCUUCAAGGCAGAAUCUAAAUACUGGAAUGAGAUAAUAGACAGCUAUGUUCGUGCAUUUCAUUGGAAAACGUUCAGACUAAGAAAUGUAAUGGAUAUGAGGGCGGGAUUUGGAGGAUUUGCAGCGGCGUUGAUUGAUCUUAAACUAGAUUGCUGGGUGUUGAAUGUUGUUCCUGUUAGUGGGCCUAACACCUUGCCUGUUAUUUAUGAUCGGGGGCUUAUUGGAGUUAUGCACGAUUGGUGCGAACCAUUUGAUACAUAUCCAAGAACCUACGACUUAUUGCAUGCAGCUGGUUUGUUCUCAGUCGAAAGGAAAAGGUGCAAUAUAUCAACCAUAAUGCUUGAGAUGGAUAGAAUGCUGAGACCAGGUGGACGAGUGUACAUUCGAGACUCCGUUGCAGUCAUGGAUGAGCUUCAAGGCAUUGGGAAGGCCAUGGGUUGGCAUGUGAAUGUGCGGGAUACGUCGGAAGGUCCUCAUGCAAGUUAUAAGAUCAUGAUGGCAGACAAGCUCCUCACAAGAGCAUAAAAAUGAAGUGAAAAUGUUCCAGCCCCUAAAUUACUAACCCCCCUAUUUAAGGGCAGAUUGGCGAAGCAAAUAAAUGGCAACCAUCUGUCUUAAGAAGCAAUAAAAAGAUGUUUACUGAGAGAUCAUCUCAAGAGUGAAGACUUCUGGAUGCCCCUGGUUUACCAAUUCCAACAUGUAAUCAACCACGUAGGUACUCUCUAUUAUACCUCCACCAUAUAGCUGACAUUAUAUUAGCUGAUAUAGUUCAUUCUAUUCUGUUAUAAAUUAUUAUAACUGGCUUCAAAAUGAGAGCCAAAUUUGUUGAGUCGAUUUUUGUCACCCAAUUGUAAACAUUUCACCGUUCGUAAUUUUGCUAAUUAGCGGCAAAUAGUUGCUUUGUUGUGUCCACUGAUGGAUAUGCUACGACACUUGCGAUUUGCAGACUGCACUUGAAUGACUUGGUCGAGCAUUAUUA